AUGGCAGAAAUUCUUAUAAAUUAUGGCGCAGAUAUCAAAACUGAGGAUUGUGACGGUAAUACUCCCUUAGAUGUUGCACAUUGUGGAAACAGUGGGCAUUUGCUAGAAAAAUUGCUUCUCUUGCCGUUAAGCCCCUGUACCAUCGUUGACAAUACUUUACGGAACGAACAUGCCAAUUCAAGUGAAGGAAAUCCGAGCGCUUUAAGCCAAUUCACACAAAUUUGCAGAAACAACAAUCAACAAGACCACAUUAACCAUAUUUUUCAAAAGAAGAAUAACAGUUUCCUGCACUGUUCGACUGAAGAAAUUCGUCAAAAUACCAAAGGAAGAUUAGACAAAUUCCGCCGAACUAUGUCACUGGCCAAUGCGUGCAUGCAACAAGAUAGAGCAUUUUUAAAUUCUGGGCGACAGUGCGCCGAAUGA